AUUAGUGUUUUUAGAAUGUCUAAAAAAAAAAAGUACUUCUAUUAAGGACUCAUCUCAAUGGUCCUACUUAAAGAAUCCGAGACCGAAACGCAGCAAAUCUCCGCUCGUGCCUGGGGCUCAUCAGUUAGAGAAGGAAGAAAUGGCAAUGGCUAUGGCGAGAUCUGCUCUUCGAACAACGCUUCACGGAGGCACAGGCAAGGUGGUUCCCAGGAGGAACUUUGCUUCCUCUGCCCUCCACGAUGAUGCCCAUGAGGCGGUAAAAUGGGAAAAGAUAACGUAUCUGGGCAUUGCUACAUGCACUGUAUUAGCAAUAUACAACCUAUCAAAGGGUCAUCAACACUUUGAUGAGUCUCCUCCAUACCCAUAUUUGCACAUUCGCAACAAGGAGUUUCCAUGGGGUCCUGAUGGCCUGUUUGAGGCGAAGAAACACUGAUCGUUCAAGGCGAUUUGCAUGGCAUUAUGAUUGUCUAGCAAAUUUCUGUGUCCUGAGAACAAUAUUUUAAAGACCAACUUUGAAAUUUCAUCGGAUGUUGAUUUUACCCUACUUGGACCUGUAGAUUGCAGGUUUUCUUUCAAUUUUUCUAAACUUUGCUUGCAGAGAAAUAAGAUUUUGAUGAGUAGUUUA